UAACAUUAAAUCAAAUCAAAUAUCUAACACGAAAUAAUUCUAUCACUUUAAUCUUUACAUUCUAAUUCUUGCAUUACUCCCAUAAUCCAAAUCCAAGCGCUUAGCUAUUUUCACAUGUGCGUUGUUGACGUGCUCAUGUUUUCUAUUUAGACUCAGCCCGCUGAAUUCAUUUAACACACUAUUGGCCUGAGAGAGUGAAUACUAAGAGGGACUCUUUUUAUCACUUUAUCUCCGAAAGCUCCAUCUCCGAUCCCUUAAGAAGAAGAAGAAGAAGCCAACAUGUUGAAGAGGAUAGCUUCGAGGAGCAUGAUCACCUCCACAUCCUUGCUACUCCAAACCUUCAAUAAGGAGUUUUCUACUCACACAGAAAGGAAACUAGAAGGCAAAGUGGCGCUGAUCACAGGGGCAGCAAGUGGCAUCGGCAAAGAAACCGCCGCUAAAUUCAUCAGCAACGGUGCCAAGGUCAUAAUCACAGAUAUACAAAGGCAGCUCGGCGAAGAAACAGCCUCCGAGCUCGGACCAAACGCCACCUUUGUGGUCUGUGAUGUAUCCAAAGAAUCCGACAUCUCCAACGCCGUGGAUUUCGCCGUCUCUAGCCACGGACAGCUCGACAUAAUGUACAACAAUGCAGGCAUUGCAUGUAGUACUCCACCAAGCAUCAUGGACCUUGACCUCGGUGCAUUCAACCGCGUCAUGGCUAUUAACGUAGGAGGUGUGGUGGCAGGAAUCAAGCACGCCGCUCGGGUGAUGAUUCCGCGACAAACCGGUUCCAUUUUGUGCACAGCUAGCGUUACUGGUGUAAUGGGAGGUCUAGCGCCAUUCACAUAUUCGACAUCCAAAUCCUGCAUAAUCGGAAUUAUGAGAUCUGUAACACCGGAGCUAUGCAAGAACGGAAUCAGAAUCAAUUGCAUAUCGCCCUUUGCAAUUCCAACACCAUUAACAGUUGAUGAAAUGAAACUGUUUUUCCCGGAAGUGGAGGCUCAGCAACUUGCUAAAAUGGUAAAUAAUGCAAGUGAGUUAAAAGGGGCCUACUGUGAGCCCAUUGAUGUGGCCAAUGCUGCUCUAUAUUUAGCUAGUGAUGAUGCCAAGUAUGUUAGUGGCCAAAACCUAGUGGUAGAUGGAGGUUUCACUACGUUUAAAAGUUUUAAUUUUUCCAUGCCUGAUCAAUAGUACACUAAAGCUAGAUAAAGUUAUUACUGGAAGUGUGUUUUUUGAUUAUAUUUAUUUUGGUAAUUAUCAAAUGAACAAUGCAACUCUUCUUCAUCAAGAAUGUUUUAAGUGGCA